AAAAUAUUUGACAUACAAAAAUGGAAAUAUCUAAAACCAGUGAAAUUUCAGUGACAACAAAACCUGACUAUGAUAGAGCAAGUGAGCUCAAAGCUUUUGAUGAAACAAAAGACGGUGUUAAAGGACUUGUUGAUGCUUCUAUCACAAACAUCCCUCACAUCUUCCAUCACGAAUUUCAUAAAGAUUCACCUUUAAGUAGCACCACCAAACUAGUUGUUCCUUCUGUUGAUCUUGUUGAUAUUCAUCAAGAUCCAUUAAAAAGAAAAAUAGUUGUUGAGAAAAUCAAGGAAGCAUCUGAGACAUGGGGUUUCUUUCAAGUUGUCAAUCAUGGAAUACAAGUUAGUGUUUUGGAUGAGAUGAAGAACGGAGUUAUCAGAUUCUUUGAGCAAGAUUCUGAGGUGAAAAGACAACUAUACUCACGUGAUGCUACGAAACCUUUGGUAUACAAUAGUAACAUUGAUCUUUUUAGCUCACCAGCAGCUAGUUGGAGGGAUACCUUUCACUGUUUCUUGGCUCCUCAUUCUCCUAAACCUGAAGAUUUGCCAUCAGUUUGCAGAGAUAUAAUGUUGGAAUAUUCAAAGGAAGUUAUGAAACUAGGAAGUGUAUUGUUUGAGUUAUUAUCAGAAGCACUUGGAUUGGAUCGAAGCUAUCUAAAUGAUAUGAGAUGCAAUGAGGGACUUGCAGCUGUUUACCAUUACUAUCCUUCCUGUCCACAACCAGAAUUAACUUUGGGAGCAAUUAAACACACUGACAAUGACUUUCUCACUGUGCUUCUACAAGAUCAUAUUGGUGGUUUACAACUUGUUCAUGAAAAUAGUUGGGUUGAUGUAUCACCUAUACCUGGUGCUUUAGUCAUCAGCAUUGGUGAUCUUCUGCAGCUUAUAACAAAUGACAGAUUCAAAAGUGUUGAGCAUAGAGUAGUGGCAAACUAUGUUGGUCCAAGAAUAUCAAUUGCAAGCCUUUUUAGCACAAGUCUUCAACCAUCAACAAGACUUUAUGGUCCUAUAAAAGAAUUAGUAUCAGAAGACAAUCCUCCAAAAUAUAGGGAAACUACGGUUCGUGAUUAUGUUGAAUUCUGCAUGACAAGAGGCUCUUAUGGAACAUCUCAUUUGCCAUAUUUCAAGAUUUGAAGUUUCUGGUUAACACAGUCAUACACAACAAAGCUUGUUUCAUAUGUUUAAAUAAGUGAAAGAACUUGUAUGUAGUUGAUAUUCAUGCAAAGAUCUUGUUUAGUUUUGUGAGAAAAUUGUGUUAAUAAUGAGAGUUUUCCUUUAUCAAAAGUAACAUUCCUGUUCAA